AUGAAGUUGAAUCCCAUGAAGCUGGUUGAGGUUCUCGUAUCCUUGGUAGGAUUUGGGCUAACGGCAACCAUCUCCCGAGAUCCAUCUAUCUCAUCAACCUUUGUCGACGUCCCGGCAGAGGUGCCUUCAGAUGCCUCAGCCGUCAUCGACCCUGACUUCCCCGGUCUUGCUUUCGAGGAAGCCUCGUUCGUACGCUACGCGCAGGAUGACGAUGGCAACAUCAACGCCUUCUCCACCAACCUCAUGGAGGCCAUCUACUCGCGUACCGGGGGGAAGCCAAUCAUCCGGCUUGGUGGGACUUCUGCCGACUAUGGGAAAUAUCUGCCAGGACAGGUAGAGCCGGCUCUCCCCGUUGCGGAGCAAGACAACUAUCAGGAUGUCGGCCAUACGACCAUUGGGCCUUCCUACUGGCCCCUGGCUCACAAUUUCCCCAAUGCCGCCUACAUGGUCCAAGCCCCGUUGGCAACGACGAAUAUCAGCGAAGCCAUUGCGUGGACGCAGACCGCUAUAGACGCUAUUGGUAUCGAUAGUACCCAUUCCAUCCAGGUUGGCAAUGAACCAGAUCUGUACUCCGAUACCUAUACGGGUGAAGGCGGGAUCGAGCUGAACCCUCCAGGCUACCAGGGUAGGCUGUCAAACGAGUCUUAUGUCGGGAAUUACACCAAAUACGUCACUGCGAUCAAGGAGGCAGUGGAUGUACCCGAUGGGCGCUUCUUCACCGCCUUCGACGUGUCGACACAUUUCGGGGCCGGGGUGAUGAAAGAGCAAUACAUCCUAGCCGUCGACCGAUGCUUCGAGCUCGGCAUUGACGCCGACAGCAUCAUAAAAGAGGUCUCGCACCACUACUACCAGAAGCAAGCCGGGACCGCAGCCGACCUGGGCAGCGAACUAAUGAACAUGAGCAUGACGCACACGCACCUCGACCAGUACAAGGUGCGCAUCGCCUGGCUGCAGCAGAACAAGCCCGACGUGCCCUUUAUCCUCAACGAAGUCGGCAACUCCCUCCAACCCACACAUACCUACGAGUACCAGGCCCGCCUCGGCAGCGCCCUCUGGCAGGUCGACUUCUACCUCUACAGCAUGGCUAUCGGCGUCGCCCGCAUCAACUACCAGCAGAUCAUGCACUCGGGCUUCGACAUGUGGCUGCCGGUGGCUAGCGCCGGGCUGCCGGCGCAGACCUUCAGUAACUACUACUCGCAGCCCUUCGUGGCGGAUUUCAUCGGGUCCUCGGGGACGACGCGCGUUGCGCAAUUGUCUCUAGAAGGCGAAUACGAGAAUGUCGCCGCCUAUGCAGCCUACGACGGGGGCGCCCUGAGCCGCAUCGCGGUUGCCAACUUGCAGUACUGGAACGCGACGUCGUCGACGGAGGACCGCGGCGGCGUCACGCUGGACCUCGCGCUACCGGACGGCGUGGAAUCAGUCACGGUGUACCACCUCAACAGCCCUGCGGGCGCGGGCGCCGCCGCUGACUCGAUCACGUACGGUGGGAGCCAGUGGACGUAUGGGAGUUUGGGCACCGAGGUCAAGGGCGUGCGCGACGACACCGAGGUGGUGGCUGUUGUGGAUGGUGUUGCGAGCGUGACGGUUGCUAGUAGUGAGGCUGUGCUUGUUUGGCUUUGA